UCCUUUCUUUCUCAGAUUCAAAAGUUCAAACCCCCUUCCCCCUUUUCCCUUAGACCCAAGAAUCCGGGUCUCCAGCCGCCUCAUCUGCCAGGAUCAAGGAGGCUUCGUCCUCAUCCCUCUUCUCCCUCUGAGGACUCAUGAGUCUGAACCUCCAGACCUCACGUCCCCUAACGCACCUAGGAGUUCGGCCCUUCAGCCCCUUCCUCCCUUGGGGACUUCCGAGUCCUUGCCCCUCCUCAUUCACGGACCAGGAAUUGGGGCCCCAAGCAUUCACUUCCCGCUGAACCCUGGAGUUUAUCCCUCAGCCCCUUUACAGGUGCCCCCAUGGCAGGCUCGGAAGAGCUGGGGCUCCGGGAGGACACGCUGAAGGUCUUAGCUGCCUUCCUUAGGCGGGGUGAGGCUGCCGGGUCCCCCGUUACUGUCCCACCCAGCCCUGCCCAGGAGGAGCCGACAGACUUGCUGAGCCGCGUUCGAAGAUGUUUUCCUUGCUCCUUGGGUCGAGGCCCUGAGUCCCCUCGGCCUUGCUCCCUGCCCAUUCGCCCCUGCUAUGGUUCACAGCCUGAUCCAGCUACUCCAGACUUCUAUGCCCUGGUGGCCCAGCGGCUGGAACAGCUGGUCCAAGAGCAACUGAAAUCCCCACCUAGUCCAGAGUUACAGGGUCCCCCACGCACAGAAAAGGAAGCCCUGCUGCGGAGGCUGGUGGCCUUGUUGGAGGAGGAGGCAGAAGUCAUCAACCAGAAGCUGGCAUCCGACCCUGCCCUGCAUCGCACGCUGGCCCGCCUCUCCUCUGGCUCCUUCGCCCGACUAGUGGAGCUGUUCUCCAGCCGGGAGGGCAGCCCUCGCCCCAGCUGUGCACGCCCCAACUUGCCGUGCCCUGGGCCCCCACCACCUUCCCCAGAGCCCCUGGCCCGCCUGGCCCUGGCCAUGGAGCUGAGUCGGCGAGUUGCCGGGCUGGGGGGCACCCUGGCUAGACUCAGCAUAGAGCACGUGCACAGCUUCACGCCCUGGAUCCAGGCCCAUGGGGGCUGGGAGGGCAUCCUGGCCGGCUCACCUGUGGACUUGAACUUACCCCUGGACUGAGAGCUUCUUCAGCAGCUGCUACAAGAUUGGACCUCAGGUGCCUGGACUGUGUGUGCUUCUCAAGCCUUCCUGUUCUA